CCUCAGCCAUGUCCGUCGCAGGCCCCUCGUCCAAGCCCGUUGAAGUAUUCUACUGUGCAGUGUGCACCCUUCCGACAGAAUACUGCGAGUUCGGACCCUCGUUUUCCAAGUGCAAAACCUGGCUCCAGUCCAACAACCAGGCCGAGUACGAACGACUCUGGGGCGAGGGCACUCUCGAAAAGCGCAUCGGCACACUGUCCCUCGACAAACAGGAGAAGAUUGAGGCGGACGCAGCGAAGGCUGAACGCAAGGCUGAGAAGAAAGCCGAGGCUGAGGCAGCGAAGAAGCAGGCGGCAAAGAUCACGAUUAAGCGUGAGAUGCGCACGAAGCGCAAGGUUGCGACGCACAUCCAUGGGCUGGAUCUGUUCGGAGUAGACCUCAAAAAGGCAGCCAAGUUCUUUGCAGGCAAGUUUGCGACGGGGAGCAGCUUGUCCAAGAACCCACAGGGAGAGGACGAGAUUGUGGUGCAGGGCGAUGUUGGGGACGAUAUUAUCCAAAUGCUCAAGGACAAGGUGGCGGUGCUGAAUGGCGCACCGGCCGACCAAGUUCAAAAAGUGGAAGCCAAGAAGAAGAAGGACCCGGAGGCCGAAGCGGCGGCGUGAGCUACGUGCUAGGAGCUAGGAGACGUUGGUUUAGAGACAGCUGCAUUCCAUACCAUCGGCCGGCGACCUCCGACAGCAUUUCGGCCAUGACUUCGGCCGCACCCCAGUCACUGACAGUAACUCAUGCCCCGCACCGGCCCGCUCAGGUACUCUCGCUAUCUCCUUUCCUUUGCAGCCUAGCUCGCUUUGUAUCCGCUGCUGAGCUUUGACGCACUCAUGACGCUACUGCAUGGACCUGUCACAACCUCCAGAUGCU